UGAUCUCCUACUUAAAACGGUUGGAGACCACUGUCCUAGACAUUAGAGUUACCAUGAGGUUUGAAGAAAUUCAUGGAAUCCUCUCUACUUUUGAAAUUCUUCUGAGAGAGAUUCAUUCUCUUACACUUGGUGCAGCACACUUUAUGAGCAGCCACAGUGAGAGCAGUUGGAUUAUGCAAGAGAGACAACUAUAGGUCCAAAACGGAGUUUGUAAAGUUUAUCAUGGUUUGCUGGGAGGCCCAGACUAGAGGAACACUAAUUGUAAAUUGAAUUGCCUAGUGGAGGACUAUGGCUGUAUCUGCUGAUAAACUUAUCUUUUGUGGUCAAGUUUAAGGAAACAGUGAAACUGGGUAAGAUUAGGUUAGUUUGAAGUCACUAGACCUGAGAAAAUGCUUGGGGUAUCUAUGCCGGACGGGUGCCAGGAAAAAAAAAUACAGAAGGUACACAAGAUGCGCAAUAAGAGGAGUUGUGAUGGAUGAAAAGAAGGGGUCAUCUAAGCUUCCAAACAAAGACCACAAAAAGAGAGAGGAACAAAAAGGCAACAAUUCCAUUGGCACUGAAUGCAGCGAACCAAGAAUCAUGGAUCUGAAAUUCAACUCUUCAAGGAAAUACAUUUCUAUCACUGUACCUUCCAAAUCACAAGCUAUGUCGCCUCAUAUCAAGUCCGUAGAUGAUGUCGUUGUUCUUGGCAUGAAUCUCAGCAAAUUUAACAAACCUACUCAGUUCUUCAUAUGUGUUUCUGGAGUUUUUAUGUUUUAUCUAAUCUAUGGAUAUUUACAGGAACUGAUAUUUUCAGUGGAGGGUUUUAAGCCCUUUGGUUGGUACCUUACAUUAGUACAAUUUGGGUUUUAUUCCAUUUUUGGACUAAUAGAACUUCAGCUUAUUCAGGACAAAAGGAGACGAAUUCCUGGCAAAACCUACAUGAUGAUAGCCUUUUUAACAGUGGCUACUAUGGGUUUAUCAAAUACCUCACUAGGAUAUCUAAACUAUCCUACUCAAGUCAUCUUCAAAUGCUGUAAACUUAUUCCAGUUAUGAUAGGAGGAGUCUUUAUACAAGGAAAACGUUAUAAUAUUGCAGAUGUGUCUGCUGCAAUGUGUAUGAGUCUCGGCCUAAUAUGGUUUACUUUAGCUGACAGCACAGUCGCACCAAAUUUCAACUUGACAGGUGUGGUCCUUAUAUCCCUUGCCCUCUGUGCAGAUGCCGUUAUAGGAAAUGUACAGGAAAAAGCUAUGAAGUUGCACAAUGGUUCCAAUUCAGAAAUGGUUUUGUAUUCCUAUUCAAUAGGUUUUGUGUACAUUUUAUUGGGAUUGAUAUGCAUUGGUGGAUUAAGUCCUGCAAUAACAUUUUGCUCGAAGCAUCCAGUCCAGACUUAUGGUUAUGCAUUCUUCUUUUCACUUACUGGGUAUUUUGGAAUAUCCUUUGUUCUAGCUUUGAUUAAAAUCUUCGGUGCCCUGCUGGCUGUAACAGUAACAACAGGAAGGAAAGCGAUGACCAUAGUGCUUUCUUUUUUGUUCUUUGCAAAGCCAUUCACAUUCCAGUAUGUAUGGUCAGGUUUAUUAGUCGUCGCUGGCAUAUUUCUCAAUGUUUACAGUAAGAAUAUGGAUAAAUUCAAGCUACCUUCAAUACGCAGUCUUUGGAGCAAAACUCUGGAAGAGAGAAAAACAAGGACGUUGUCACAAACUGUGUAGACAGUGGCUUAUGCUAAAUCUUGAAUCUGACUUAUUAUUUUAUUGAAACAGUCUUUAACUGAUACACUUUCCAAAGGGAACAUUAAAACCAAAGGAGCUGAAGACAUUGUCUGCUUUGAAGAUGGUAGAAAUGAAAAUUAUAUGAGCCCUCUCUUCAGAGCACUUGAAUUCCUCUUCUAAGGUGUUAUAGGCCAUUGUCACAAGGCAUUACCAAGGUAAUGAAGGACAGCAGCUCCUGGUAAACUGCUGAGAAACUGCACUCCAAAUGGGACACAGUGGGAGAUUAAUUUGGGCAUUUUAAUAAUAACAGCUGUGGCUGAUUUAAGAUUAGCAAUUCUUUGUCUUUAGUAAUUGUUUGGGUGGGGUUAUUUAUGCAGUACUAUAUUAACCUUUAAUAGAAUCAAAUCAGUGACUGAUUUAAACAAAUUGAGGUUUUAAAGCUGGACGGUUUAGAAUGUGGUAUGCCAUGAAUUUUUCAUUUUAAAUAAAAAUCUGGGUUUUUUAUGUUCUUCAUCA